GCUGGCUUCUGCGGGAUCACACCCGGACGAAUGAGUUCAGGCUCCUGUAGUUGAGUUCGCGCCCCGGGCUGAGGCACAGGGCGCCUGCAGCGCCGUCUCGCGCAGGUCUGGUGGUAAAGUCAGCCCUCUCCGCGGUGAAGUCAACGCGGCGGGUCAGAUGCUGCCCUGAGGGGACACGUGCCUCAGGAUCAUUCGCUGGUCAGAAGGGGAGAUGAAAGAAGAGAAAAUGCCUUUAUCUGUUUCACUGACCAGAGAGACGGCCUUUUCUAUCCCUGGGAAGAAGAGACAGAGAGAUUACAGCAAUGGAGAAACACCGGAUGUGCACAAGAAAUUGCCGUCCAGUGCUGGAGAGGACAGAGCCAUGCUGCUGGGGUUUGCAAUGAUGGGUUUCUCAGUCCUAAUGUUCUUCUUGCUUGGAACAACCAUCCUGAAGCCUUUCAUGCUCAGCAUACAGAGAGAAGAAUCAAACUGCACAACCAUCCACACACAGAUCACGGAUGAUUGGCUGGACUGUGCUGUCACCUGCAGUGUGGACUGCCGAGGUCAGAAGUAUCCAUGUCUCCAGGUGUUUGUGAACCUCACCCACUCAGGCCAGAAAGCUCUCCUACAUUAUAACGAAGAGGCUGCCCAGUUCAGUUCUGAGUGCUUUUACACACCGAAGUGUCACCAAGAUAGGAAUGAUUUACUCAACAGUGUUCUGGACAUAAAGGAAUUCUUCGAUCACAAAAAUGGAACCCCUUUUUCAUGUUUCUACAGUCCAGAGAGCCAAUCUGAAGAUGUCAUUCUUAUAAAAAAAUACAAUCAAAUGGUUAUCUUCCACUGUUUAUUUUGGCCUUCCGUGACUCUGCUAGGUGGUGCCCUGAUUGUUGGCAUGGUGAGAUUAACACAGCGCCUGUCCCUCCUCUGUGAACAAUACAGCACCAGAGAUGAAGUAGGUGGCAAAAUACCCUCAAUAGGACAGCGUCAGUACAAACUGUGGAGUACAGACAAGAGGAAAGGAAGAAACAGAACAAUAUUAAGAUAAUGGCCAAAUUAAAAUGUUGGCCUUAGACAUUAAUUUCUUCAGUGAAGACCUAAUUACGCCUGCUUGCAAACUAGCCAUGUAAAGGGUAAAGUUAUUAUCAUACUACUUUCACAUGAGAAACACUUUUAAAAAGCCUCUUUCUGUAUUCUACAAGUAUGUACAAAUUCACACACCAUCUUUUCUACUCCAAAUCUUUCUCUACGUAGGUCACCCCACAGGCAAGAUGAGUUCAAGGUAGUUGUUGAUCUAAUUUCAGCUCUAGCUGGAACUUGUCAGUAUGAAAACCAAUGAUGAUGAAGUCAUCUGAUCUGCUAAGCAUUCAACUAUCAGCCUAACUCUAGGCAGUAUAGGCUAUUUGAAAACAUUUCUCAUGAUGAAAAUCCUUAGUGAAGAACACUUCAUUCACUACAGAAACAUAACAGUUAGAACAUUUAAGAAAAUGUGGGCCUACCAUUUUAUUAGUUUGUUCUUUCUUCACCAUUCACAAUGAAAGAGAAAAGCUGCCGCCUAGAAAAUUCAGUAAAUUUAUAGUGAUUUGUACUUAGCCUUGCCAUGUACCAUGUAAUUUUUCUUUCAACAACUUUCCUCAUUAAUUAUGCUUUUCAUAAGCUCACUUCACUGUGCACAUUUUGGUAGGAUUACAAGUGUUGACUAGAAAUGUGAAGUAACGAAAAGCUGUUCUGGACUUCAACAGGUACUUCAGAAAAUCCACAGUGUAGAAAAGCACAAUGGCAGUCAACAGUUGCCUAAUUAAUGAAUCAACCACAGUUAUUAAAUGACAAGUGUUAUAGGUCUCUCCCAGCAAGUACUUUUCAGAAUAACUACGAUGAAAAAUGAGUUGAGAACAGUUUGUUCUCAUUUUCCAAUAUACCUCAGUUUCAAAUUUUCAUUAAAAAGCUGUCUGGUAUCCCAGCAAUCUGGGAGCUUAAGGCAGGAGAAUCA